GAAUUAUUUCUGGAUUCAAAUGUGGUAUUAUCUUCUGUACAUCUAAUGGUGAAUAACUAUCAAUUACAUCAUGAUGGUUUCAUUAAAUAAUUUCUCUGUUGAUUUGAAACCAAUUCCCAUGUUAACAUUUUCACGAGUCUUUUGGUUCAUUUCCAUAUUCCCUUUUGCUGAAAAAUGCAUGGAACUGCACUGUUGUAAAGUUCUUACAAGAAGUAUGCUUUCCCCAUCUUUCUUUCGUGUGCUACUCAUCCCUUCAUACUCCUCCGAUCAGGCCUUUGAGGAAGCCAUUGCUGAGCUGGACACUCUGGGUGAAGAAUCAUACAAGGACAGUACCCUCAUCAUGCAACUAUUGAGGGACAACCUUACUCUCUGGACUUCAGAUGCGCAGGACCAGUUAGAUGAGUCAUAGAAGGGCAUCAUAAGCUCGACCUGUUCUGUGCUUGUGAAUGGUGGGGGGAGGAGGUGGGCUUCAAAUGUCAUUUACUUUAUGGACUAUU